CGUGACAUUUAAAUAUUUAGAUCUACGGCUUUUUGUAUUUGUCCCGAAUUUAGAAAUGUGUGAGAACUUUUUCUAAGAGCAAGAAUUAUUACGAAUAUUACUUAUGUAUAAUAAUUAGUGCUAUUGCAUUUUAUUGAUUAUUCAAAAUGUCUCGUAUUUUUUCUACUAUCAUUAGAAAAGCUCCAAAGCUUAUUAAUGCUACUACAAAUACCAAUAAACCCAGUUUUAUAAGAAAUAUCUCAACCAGUUAUGGACUUUUUGCCCCUAUGGUUCAGCAGAAAGCCCCUGAUUUUAAAGGAACAGCAGUAGUAGGUUCCGAUUUUAAAGAAAUUCAAUUAUCAGAUUUUAAAGGAAAAUAUCUGAUUUUGUUUUUUUAUCCUUUAGAUUUUACUUUUGUGUGCCCAACUGAAUUGGUUGCAUUUGACAAAGAGUAUAGCAAGUUUCAGAAAUUAAACACUGAGUUGGUUGGUGUAUCAGUAGAUUCACAUUACACCCAUUUAGGUUGGAUUAACACUCCUCGUUCGGAAGGUGGAUUAGGUAAUAUUUCAUACCCCCUCUUAUCAGAUCUGAAGAAAGAUAUUGCACGUGAUUAUGAAGUCCUUUUAGAAAAAGAAGGGAUAGCAUUAAGAGGUCUAUUUUUAAUUGAUCCAAAAGGGAUUGUAAGGCAUAUGUGUGUAAAUGAUUUACCAAUUGGUAGAUCAGUUGAUGAGGCUUUGCGAUUAGUUGAAGCUGUACAGUUUGCUGAUACUCAUGGGGAAGUAUGCCCUGCUAAUUGGAGGAAAGGUGAUAAAACAAUUAAGCCUGAUCCAAAGGGCUCAAAAGAAUUCUUUAAGACACAGAAAUAAAUUAGUUUUUGGGUUAUUAGUUCUCUCUUCAUUAAUCUAGUUGUAAGCAUAAUCAGCAUGUUUAUAUAUUAUGGGUGAUAAUAAAAACUUAUCAACUGUU